GGGGAGGAGGAAGAGCAGAGGAUGGAGGCGGAGGCGGAGUGCGGCGCGAGCCCGGCCCCGGCCCCGGAGGAGCAGCAGCAGCAGCACCACCAGCGCCCGCUGGAGGAGGGCGGGCAGGCGGUGGCGGCCGCUGCGGCUGCCCGAGGAGCAGCCGAGGCGCUCAGAGCGGUGGUGGAGGCCAGAAAGCAGCUGGGAAAUGCUGGUGCUGAAGAGUUUACAUUCAAGAUACCUAGACAGGAGGUCAAAGAAGAAGAUCCAGCAUAUGAAGAAAAAAUGAAAACAGACCGAGCAAAUAGAUUUGACUAUCUACUACAGCAAACUGAGUUGUUUGCACACUUUAUCCAACCUGCUGCACAGAAGACUCCGACCUCCCCUUUAAAAAUGAAACCUGGACGUCCUCGAAUGAAGAAAGAUGAGAAACAGAAUCUGCUGUCAGCUGGAGAUAAUCGGCAUCGUCGAACAGAACAGGAGGAGGAUGAAGAGCUGUUGUCAGAAAACAGCAAGACCACCAAUGUCUGCACAAGGUUUGAAGAAUCCCCUUCAUACGUAAAGAAUGGAAAACUCAGAGAUUACCAGAUCCGUGGAUUGAAUUGGCUAAUUUCUUUAUAUGAAAAUGGCAUCAAUGGUAUCCUGGCAGAUGAAAUGGGUCUUGGGAAGACAUUACAAACUAUUGCUCUUCUUGGAUAUAUGAAAUGUUACCGAGGCAUUCCUGGACCACAUAUGGUUCUUGUUCCAAAAUCUACAUUGUACAACUGGAUGGCUGAAUUUAAGAGAUGGGUACCAUCUCUUCGUGCUAUUUGUCUAAUUGGUGACAAGGAACAGAGGGCUGCCUUUAUCCGAGAUGUAUUGCUGCCUGGAGAAUGGGAUGUCUGUGUGACAUCGUAUGAAAUGCUGAUCAGAGAGAAAUCCGUAUUCAAAAAAUUCAAUUGGAGAUAUCUAGUCAUAGAUGAAGCCCACAGGAUCAAAAAUGAAAAAUCCAAGUUGUCUGAAAUAGUGAGAGAGUUCAAAACAACAAACCGACUUCUACUCACAGGCACACCUCUUCAGAACAACCUGCAUGAGCUCUGGGCAUUAUUGAACUUCCUGCUCCCAGAUGUCUUCAAUUCAGCUGAUGACUUUGAUUCUUGGUUCGACACAAACAACUGUUUUGGAGACCAGCAACUAGUUGAACGCUUGCAUUUGGUAUUGCGACCCUUUCUUCUCCGACGCAUUAAAACUGAGGUGGAGAAGAGCUUGCCACCAAAAAAGGAAGUAAAAAUUUAUGUAGGUCUCAGCAAAAUGCAGAGAGAAUGGUACACAAGGAUAUUAAUGAAGGAUAUUGAUAUCCUGAACUCCUCAGGAAAAAUGGACAAAAUGAGACUGUUAAACAUACUGAUGCAACUGCGCAAGUGCUGCAACCAUCCAUAUCUCUUUGAUGGAGCUGAGCCUGGCCCACCCUAUACUACUGAUAUACACUUGGCAGUUAAUAGUGGGAAAAUGGUAGUUUUGGAUAAAUUGCUGCCCAAAGUGAAAGAACAAGGGUCUCGUGUGUUGGUCUUUAGCCAAAUGACCAGAGUACUGGAUAUCUUGGAAGAUUAUUGUAUGUGGAAAAAUUAUGAGUAUUGUCGACUGGAUGGGCAGACACCACAUGAGGAGAGACAAGAAUCCAUUUGUAGUUUCAAUGCUCCUGGCAGCACCAAGUUUCUCUUCAUGUUGAGCACACGCGCUGGUGGUCUUGGUAUAAAUCUAGCUACAGCGGAUGUUGUCAUUCUUUAUGACUCUGAUUGGAACCCUCAGGUGGACCUGCAGGCUAUGGAUCGAGCUCACAGAAUUGGGCAAACAAAACAAGUUCGAGUAUUCCGUUUCAUCACUGACAACACUGUAGAGGAACGAAUAGUUGAACGUGCUGAAAUGAAGCUUCGGCUGGAUUCUAUUGUAAUUCAGCAAGGAAGGUUGGUAGAUCAGAACUUAAACAAAUUGGGGAAAGAUGAAAUGCUGCAGAUGAUUCGACAUGGUGCUACUCACGUGUUUGCUUCCAAGGACAGCGAGAUCACUGAUGAAGAUAUUGAUGGUAUUUUGGAGAGGGGUGAAAAGAAGACUGCUGAGAUGAACGAAAAGCUCUCAAAUAUGGGUGAAGGUUUGCUUAGAAACUUUACUAUGGACACAGAAGUCAGUGUAUACAACUUUGAAGGAGAAGACUACAGGGAGAAGCAAAAGUUGGCACUUACAGAGUGGAUUGAACCCCCGAAGAGAGAACGAAAAGCAAAUUAUGCUGUUGAUGCUUAUUUCAGAGAAGCCCUCCGUGUGAGUGAACCUAAAGCACCAAAAGCUCCUCGCCCACCAAAACAACCCAGCAUUCAGGACUUUCAAUUCUUCCCCCCUCGACUGUUUGAACUGCUUGAGAAAGAAAUCCUGUAUUACAGGAAGACAAUUGGUUACAAGGUGCCACGUAACCCUGAUCUGUCAAAUGCAGCUCAGGUGCAGAAAGCAGAGCAGGGCAAAAUUGACGAAGCUGAACCACUGAAUGAUGAUGAGAUUGAAGAAAAGGAGAAGUUGCUGACACAGGGAUUUACCAGUUGGACCAAAAGAGACUUCAAUCAGUUCAUCAAAGCGAAUGAGAAGUGGGGUCGUGAUGACAUUGAAAAUAUUGCUCGUGAAGUGGAGGGGAAAAGUCCUGAGGAAGUAAUAGAAUAUUCUGCUGUGUUCUGGGAGAGAUGCAACGAGCUGCAAGAUAUUGAAAAAAUUAUGGCUCAGAUAGAAAGAGGAGAAGCCAGAAUCCAGAGGAGGAUCAGUAUCAAAAAAGCACUUGACACAAAGAUUGGCCGUUAUAAAGCACCAUUCCACCAAUUGAGAAUAGCAUAUGGCACCAAUAAAGGGAAGAAUUACACUGAGGAGGAGGACCGGUUCCUGAUCUGUAUGCUGCACAAACUCGGUUUCGACAAAGAAAAUGUUUACGAUGAGCUUCGACAAUGCAUCCGAAAUUCUCCACAAUUCAGAUUUGACUGGUUCUUAAAAUCCAGAACUGCAAUGGAGCUCCAGAGACGCUGUAAUACUUUGAUUACUCUCAUAGAAAGGGAAAACCUAGAACUUGAAGAAAAGGAGAAAGCAGAAAGGAAAAAACGUGGACCAAAAACUUCAUCGGCACAGAAGCGCAAAGCAGAUGGGACACCAGAUGGACGAGGCCGAAAAAAGAAGUUAAAACUUUGAGUGGAUUGUCUGUGCACAUCAUGUCCGCAAAGUUAAUGUAUUUCGGUUCUACUGAGGAUGUAUAAAGCUUUGAUAGCAAUAUUGUAUGUGGUAUUAGAUCAUUCCCACCAUAAUGGAAGUAGGACUUAAUCUAGUCUCUAGAUUUCUAUUGAAUUUAAACAGCUGUGCUGAAUAUUUUUUUCUACCAUGUAAUAAAGUGACUUCCACAAAAAAUUCAUGGACU